CCAAGGCGGGCCUAAAGUUCUUAAAGGGACCAGGCGCGGAGAGCAGGAGGCGGCGCCGAUCGAGGCAGCGCGGGUCGCGUGGUGCGGAGCAGGACACACCACCGCCUCCCUCCAACGCCAGCUCCAGGUCGAAGGAGGCCCUGAGCAGGCAGCCUCAGCCACCUCUGAGUCUCUGUCCUGGGCCAAGCGUGAUGGCAGAGAAGGUGCUGGUAACAGGUGGGGCCGGCUACAUCGGCAGCCACACCGUGCUGGAGCUGCUGGAGGCGGGCUAUUUGCCCGUGGUCAUCGACAACUUCCAUAACGCCACUCGUGGUGGGGGCUCCAUGCCUGAGAGCUUGCGGCGGGUUCAGGAGCUCACGGGCCGCUCUGUGGAGUUUGAGGAGAUGGACAUCUUGGACCAGGCAGCCCUACAGAGUCUCUUUAAGAAGCACAGCUUCACGGCAGUCAUCCACUUUGCUGGGCUCAAGGCUGUGGGUGAGUCAGUGCAGAAGCCUCUGGAUUAUUACAGAGUUAACCUGACAGGAACCAUCCAGCUUCUGGAGAUCAUGAGGGCACACGGGGUGAAGAACCUGGUGUUCAGCAGCUCAGCUACCGUGUACGGGAACCCGCAGUACCUGCCCCUGGAUGAGGCCCACCCCACAGGUGGCUGUACGAAUCCCUACGGCAAGUCCAAGUUCUUCAUCGAGGAAAUGAUCCGGGACCUGUGCCAGGCAGACAAGGCCUGGAAUGCAGUGCUGCUGCGAUAUUUCAACCCCAUAGGCGCCCACGCCUCAGGCCGCAUCGGCGAGGAUCCCCAGGGCAUCCCCAAUAACCUCAUGCCCUAUGUCUCCCAGGUGGCGAUUGGGCGGCGGGAGGCACUGAAUGUCUUUGGCAACGACUAUGACACAGAGGAUGGCACAGGUGUCCGGGAUUACAUUCAUGUCGUGGAUCUGGCCAAGGGCCACACUGCAGCCUUGAGGAAGCUGAAGGAGCAGUGUGGCUGCCGGAUCUACAACCUGGGCACGGGCACGGGCUAUUCGGUGCUACAGAUGGUCGAGGCCAUGGAGAAGGCCUCAGGGAAGAAGAUCCCAUACAAGGUGGUGGCCCGGCGGGAAGGUGAUGUGGCUGCCUGUUACGCCAACCCCAGCCUGGCCCUCAAGGAGCUGGGCUGGUCAGCAGCCUUAGGGCUGGACAGGAUGUGUGAAGAUCUAUGGCGCUGGCAGAAGCAGAAUCCUUCAGGCUUUGGCGCGCAGGCCUGAGACCCUCACCUACCAGGAACCAGAAAAGGAAGAGAAACAACUGCCUACUCUCCAGCCUCUGGCAGGAACCCAGGGCCUCACAGCCUCCCCUACCUCAGACCCCAGCUGGGCCCAAUCAGCCCACCAGGCAUGAGGUCAAGGGCACCAGGUAUCAGGGGUCUCUAUUCCCCAGGGUCCAGGAGCCCAUGAGGACCACCAAGAGCAAGCGAGGGAAGCAGGGCCCUGAGACACACAGAAGCCCCUCCGCCCAGGCACUAAUUUAUACUGCUCUGAAGGAGCGCCCCAAAGUGUUUAAAAUAAACAGUCUUCUUACACUGCAGC